AUGGACCAACAGUUCGUUUCUCAAUUGGAGCAGCUGCUUAACGCUGUCCUCCAACCUAGCAACGGCUCUCUGAAGGAGGCCACUAAGACCUUACAGACUCAGUUUUACACACAGCCUGCUGCGCUGCCUGCGUUGCUGCACAUCUUGCAGAGCGGAUCGAACGAUGGGUUGAAGCAACUAGCAGGCGUGGAAGCCAGGAAGUUAGUUCCUACACAAUGGACAUCAAUUGAUGCUGGUGUCCAAGCUGAAAUCAAGACCUCUCUUUUAAGCAGCGCGUUUUCAGAGCCCACAGAAAUCGUGCGCCACGCCAAUGCUAGAGCCAUCGCCGCGAUCGGCGGGGAGGAGCUAGACGAAAAAAAGUGGCCCGAACUGGUGCCCAGCUUGAUUCAAGCAGCUUCUGGUAAUGAUUCAAAAAUCACCGAAACUGCGGUUUUCAUUUUGCUCUCCUUGCUAGAUAACAUGAGCCCCGAGUUGAACCUUUACAUCAGUGACUUUUUGAAUCUCUUCUCAGUUACCAUGGGCGAAGGCGCCAGCUUAGAAUCAAGAUCACUAUCUGCCCAGGCUCUUAACCAGGUCUCCAAUUUGAUUGAGGAGGAAGGUGAGAUUAACCCAGAGUAUGCGGCGAAGUUUGCUGCUCUGAUUCCAGCUGUUGUUAAUGUCUUGGAGGCUGUCAUUAAAGCUGACGACACCACCAACACUAAGCUGAUCUUCAACUGCCUCAAUGACUUUUUGCUCUUGGACUCUCAACUCACAGGUAACAGCGUUGUAGACUUGAUUAAGCUUUCAUUGCAAAUCGCUGUCAACAAGGAAGUUGACGAGGAGGUUAGGGUGUUUGCUGUUCAAUUCGCGACUUCAGCGCUGUCCUUUAGAAAGUCGAAGAUCAUUCAAGCGAAGAUGGGCUUGGAAAUUACAAUGGCAGCUCUGAGUGUGGCUUCCGAGGAGAUUGAUGUUGAGGAUGAGCUAAACAAUGAAGAUGAAGCUGGAGAGAACGAAGAGAAUACGCCAUCUCUUACUGCUAUCAGACUUUUGGCUUUCGCUUCUUCAGAACUCCCUCCUUCUCAGGUGGCUGUUCCUAUCGUCGAGCACUUGCCUGCUAUGCUUCAAUCCUCCAACCCAUUCGAGAGAAGAGCUAUUCUUUUGGCUAUUUCUGUUGCUGUCUCCGGCUCUCCUGACUAUAUCCUUUCUCAGUUGGACAAGAUCAUUCCUGCUACAAUUGCUGGUUUGAAAGACAACCAUCCUGUUGUUCAGCUGGCAGCUUUGAAAUGUAUCUCUCAGUUGACCACCGACCUGCAAGACGAAGUCGCUAAGUUCCAUGAAGAAUACUUGCCAUUGAUCAUGGGUACGAUUGACUCUGCGAAGAACGUCGUGAUCUACAAAUAUUCCACUAUCGCUCUAGAUGGUUUGCUUGAAUUCACUGCUUACGAGGCCAUCUCUAAGUACUUGGAGCCUCUCAUGAACAAACUCUUCCAUAUGUUGGACACUAAUACUUCUUCUAAACUAAGGGCUGCUAUUGUGUCUGCUAUUGGAUCCGCUGCCUUUGCCGCCGGCUCUGCUUUCCUACCAUACUUCAAGACCUCUGUACAGUACUUGCAACAAUUUAUCCAAAACUCAGGACAAAUUGAAGGUAUGUCUGAAGAUGACUUAGAACUGAGGGCAUUGACCUUUGAAAACAUUUCCACCAUGGGAAGGGCUGUAAGGUCGGAGGCUUUCCAUGAGUUUGCCGAACCGUUGCUCAACUCUUCUUAUGAGGCCAUCAAGACCGAUUCCGCUAGAUUGAGAGAGUCUGGUUACGCGUUCAUUGCAAACAUGGCCAAGGUUUAUGGAAAGGACUUUGCCCCAUUUUUGGCUACUAUUCUUCCCGAAAUCUUCAAGACUUUGGAACAGAAAGAAUACCAGUUUAACAUCGAUGAAGAGGCUGACGACUUGGCUGAACUCGAGGCCGACGAUUUGCAGCAAAAAUUCUCUGUCAACACAGGUAUUUCUUACGAGAAGGAAGUUGCAGCGGCUGCCUUGUCAGAAUUGGCCGUGGCUACAAAGGAAAGCUUCUUGGAAUAUGUUGAGCAGUCUUUGAAGGUUCUAAAUGAGCAGGUCGAAGAAUCAUACGGCCUAAGAGAAACCGCUUUACACACCAUUUGGAACAUCGCCAAAGCCAUUUUGCUCACUGCCAGCGCUAAGGAAGAAGAUUUCCCAGUGGGAGUUCCGGCGGGAUCUUAUGUUGACAACAACGUUCUUGCGGUCAUUCAAAGCAUCAGGUCUACUUCAUUGGACAACCUCACUGAGGAGUUCGAGACUUCCAUGGUCAUCACCAUCUUAGAGGACUUUGCUGAGAUGAUUAGGAAGUUUGGCCCUAUUGUGAUAAUAGACAAUGGUGACUCCUCAUCUCUAGAGAGGCUAUGCGUUGAGGUAAUGAACUUGCUGAAGGGCAGCCACGCAUGUCAAACAAUUGACUACGAGGAGGAUGUUCCAAAAGACGAGGACUUUGACGCAUCUGAGACGGAAGCCGCACUCUUGGACUGUGCUCUUGAGGUGUUGGUGAGUUCGUCGUAUGCUCUUGGCGGAGAUUUCGCAAAAGUUUUCGAGAACUUUAAGCCAGUUGUUUUGAACCUGUUCCAAUCGAAGUCGAAGAACAAGAGGUCAGCAGCAGUUGGUGCGGUCUCUGAAAUCGCAGAGGGACUAAAGGAACACAACCCAUUUGUUCAAGAGUUGCUUGAAGCCCUCAUUGUGAGACUGACAAGCGACAAGUCACUUGAAGUUAGGGGUAACGCUGCCUAUGGUGUUGGUCUGCUCUGCAAGUAUGCCUCGUUCGAUGUUUCUGCCAUCUACGAACCUGUUCUGAGAGCCAUGUAUGAGCUUCUCAGUACGGCUGACCAGAAGGCGCUCACAGCUGAGGAUGACGAAGCUACUAGGGAGAUUGUUGACAGAGCUUUUGCUAACGCCACUGGUUGUGUGGCCAGGAUGACCUUGAAGAAUGAGUCAUUGGUCCCUCUGGAGCACACACUACCUGCUCUCCUGGGCCACCUGCCACUCAAUACCGGUUACGAGGAGUACGGCCCUAUUUUCGAGCUGAUCAUGAAACUCUACCAAUCCAACAACAACUUGAUUGUUAAUGAGACCCCAAGGGUGAUCGACUUUUUCGAGGCGGUGUUCACUAAGGAGGCCGAGAGGGUCAGACUUGAGCAAGAGUCGACUCUUGGCAGAGAAGAGAACAUGGACAGAAUGAAGCAGUUCCAAUCCCCUGAAGUGCAAACAAAGGUGAUUGACCUGCUCAAAUACUUGAACACUACAUUCAGCGGCGUUGUAUCCCAGAAGCCUGUUCUCGCCCAAGUCAUUGCCUAA